AUGAGUACAGAAGGAAAAGGAGAAAUAACAACUACUAUUCCAUUACAUCGUCAAGAAUUAUUAAAAUGGGAAGGUUGGGGUUAUCGUGAUUCUCGAUUUUUUCUUAAUCCAAAUGGUUUAAUUGAAUUUUCUGGUUCACGUUAUUUAUUAAGUGGUCAUGUUCUUCCACGUUUAAAAGAUUGGAUGUUAAAUAAAUUAAAUGCAAGUACUGAUAAUUAUUCACCAAGUGUUGCAGAACCAAAUCCUGAUUAUAUACCUGAACCAAUUCUUAAUAAUUCAUUUAUUACUGAUUUUCAAUCAACUCUUGGUACAACUGUUCCGUAUUCAUCUGAUAUGAAUGAUCGUCUUUUUCAUGGUCAUGGACAUACACUUGAAGAAAUAUGGAAAUUACGACAUGGUGGAAAAUUUGAUCGUUUACCUGAUUGGGUUGUUUGGCCACGUCAUCAUAGUGAUGUAGAAAAAAUAGUUAGUUUAGCUGUUAAACAUAAUAUUUGUUUAAUACCAUUUGGUGGUGGUACAUCAGUUACAUGGGCUCUAAUUUGUCCAGUUGAUGAAAAACGUAUGAUUGUUAGUGUUGAUACAUCACAAAUGAAUAAAAUUCUAUAUUUGGAUGAAAAAAAUUUAACAGCACGUAUUCAAUCAGGUAUUAUUGGACAAGAUCUUGAACGUGAAUUAGCAAAAAAGGGAUAUUGUACUGGACAUGAACCAGAUAGUAUGGAAUUUAGUUCAUUAGGUGGUUGGGUAGCAACACGAGCAUCAGGAAUGAAAAAAAAUAUAUAUGGAAAUAUUGAAGAUUUAGUUGUUCAUAUAACAAUGGUAACAGUUAAAGGAACAAUUGAAAAAAGUUGUUUAGGUCCACGACAAUCAACUGGUCCUGAUAUUCAUCAUUUUAUAAUGGGUUCAGAAGGUAUAUUAGGUAUUGUUACAGAAGUAACAAUGAAAAUUCGACCAUUACCAGCAUGUAAAAAAUAUGGUUCAAUUGUUUUUCCCGAUUUUGAAUCUGGUGUUGCAUGUUUACGUGAAAUAGCACGUUUAAGAAGUGCACCAGCAUCAAUACGUUUACUUGAUAAUGAACAAUUUCUAUUUGGACAAGCAUUAGCUACAGAUAAUAAAGGAAUGUUACAUUCAUUAGUUGAUAAUAUUAAAAAAUUAUAUAUAACAAAAAUUAAAGGUUUUGAUAUUAAUCGUAUGUGUGCAGCAACAUUACUUUUUGAAGGUACAACAAAUGAAGUUAAUCAACGAGAAAAAUUUGUUUAUGAUAUUGCACAAAAAUAUAAUGGCAUACCAGCUGGUGAAGAAAAUGGUUUAAAAGGAUAUACAUUAACUUUCAUGAUAGCUUAUUUACGAGAUAUUGGACUUGAUUAUCGAAUUGUUGCCGAAUCAUUUGAAACAUCUGUACCAUGGGAUCGUGUUAUCGAUUUAUGUCGUAAUGUUAAAAAACGUAUUAUAACUGAAUGUGAAAAACAAGGUGUUAAAUAUCCACCUUUUUCUUCUUGUCGUGUAACACAAACAUAUGAUGCUGGUGCUUGUGUUUAUUUUUAUUUUGUUAUGAAUUAUAAUAAUUUACGUCAUGGUAGUGAUCCAGUACAUGUCUAUGAACUUGUUGAACAAGCAGCACGUGAUGAAGUAUUAGCUAAUGGCGGAAGUUUAUCACAUCAUCAUGGUAUUGGAAAAAUUCGUACUAAAUGGAUAAAACAAGCUGUUAGUGAUCUUGGUGUUGGUACAAUGAUGUCAAUAAAACAAUAUCUUGAUCCAAAUAAUAUAUUUGGUUCAAAAAAUUUAAUACCUGAAUCAACAGAAUCUACUGAGCAACUUAAAGCAAAACUUUGA